AUCUCUAGCUAGGCUGUUUGUUUAUAUAUAUAUAUAUAUAUAUAUACACUUCAGCACCUGAAAAUAAUACAAAUUAAACCUUAUUUAAAUACAGAAUUUUCAGUUUUCUAUCCAUUAAAAAUCUAUGACCAAUUAUAGAAAUUCUUAUCUGUCGUUGAUUAUAUGAAUAUUUUUUUCUCUAUAUAUUUGUGCUCGGAGAGAACGGGGAGGCCGGGGGUCUCUAAUGGCUUCCAAUGCUGUAGUUUGUGUGGGUUAUUUUGUUUUGGUUUUGCUUAGUGUGAGCAGUGAAGGGUCAAGGCACGACGGUGAGCUGAGCCACGGGGAUAUUUUGCAGCGGCAAGAAGCAGACAGGGUGGUGGAGCUUCCGGGACAGCCCGCGGUGGACUUCAAGCAAUAUGCAGGGUACGUUACGGUGAACGAGAGUCAUGGUCGAGCCCUGUUUUAUUGGUUUUUUGAAGCCACCAGCAAACCUGAGAAAAAGCCUCUCCUCCUUUGGCUCAAUGGAGGCCCUGGAUGUUCAUCCGUUGGAAUUGGAGAAGCAGAGGAGGUGGGGCCUUUCUUCCCUCAGAAAGAUGAACAAACCCUGAAGCUUAACCCACAUAGAUGGAACAAAGCUGCCAACUUAUUGUUUAUUGAAUCUCCUGUUGGUGUUGGGUUUUCUUAUACCAACACAAGCAGUGAUCUUUAUCAACUUGGCGAUGAAAUUACAGCCAACGACUCCUACACAUUUCUUGUCAACUGGUUCAAAAGGUUCCCACAAUUCAAGUCCCAUGACUUUUACAUUGCUGGUGAAAGCUAUGCUGGUCACUAUGUUCCUCAACUAGCUGAGGUUAUUUUCGACAACAACAAGCAUGUUCCUGAGUUUAACUACAUUAAUCUAAAAGGGUGUAUGGUAGGGAAUGCAUUAAUGGACGAUGAAACGGAUCAAACAGGAAUGGUGGAUUAUGCAUGGGAUCAUGCAGUGAUAUCCGAUAGGGUUUACAAUAACAUCAAAAUUAAAUGUAAUUUCAGCCGUCCAAACCCAACUCAGGAUUGCAAAAAAGCCCUUAAUGCCUAUUUUGAUGUCUACUACAUCAUCGACAUGUAUAAUUUGUACAUUCCCACUUGUGUUAGCAACUCUAGCAUCAGCAGUAAUCGACAACACCCUGUGAUUCAAGGCGUCGCACCUCAAAUAUUUUCUAAAUUCGAUGGAUGGCAGAAAAGACUGGCAGGAUAUGACCCUUGUGCACCAAACUACACUAAAGUUUAUUUAAAUAGGCCAGAUGUUCAAAAAGCACUUCAUGCCAACGUUACCAACGUAUCUUACCCAUGGACUCAAUGCAGUGAAAUUGUCCCAGUUUGGUGGGAUUCACCAGCUUCUUUGCUUCCUACCCUUAAAAAGCUCAUAGCCGGAGGCAUUCGCAUAUGGGUUUUAAGUGGAGAUACAGACGGGAGAAUUCCAGUUACUUCAACUAGACUAACCUUGAAUAAACUAGGGUUAAAAAUAAAUAAAGAAAGGACACCUUGGUACACCCACCACAAACAGGUUGGCGGGUGGACGAUUGAAUAUGAAGGGCUUAUGUUUGUAAGCAUUAGAGGAGCUGGUCAUCAAGUUCCAUCUUUUAAACCAAGACAAGCUCUUCAAAUAGUUAGGCAUUUCUUGGCCAAUAAGAAAUUGUCAUCUACACCAUUUUAGGAAAACAUUCUUCAUCCCUUCUUUAAACAAAUAUUACUAUGGUUUCCACCCAUGAUUCUCGAGCUUCAUUAAAUUAUAGUAUGUAAUUUUAAAGGUUAUAAUUUACUCAAAGUUUUUGUACUCUUCGUAUAUUUAAAAUUUAAUUUUCAUACUUUUAUUUUUAAGAA